CGUUCCGUGAUCGGGAUCAGCCGAAUCAGCGUGUCAAAACAAAAAACCACAAAAUCGCAGAGCAGCAUGGCCGUGUUUGGUCCGAAUAAACGCCGGAAAAUCCCGGUUCCGAAGCGGCACGGUGUCCGAGAUCCGCUGAAGAAACUUGCCGAGAGGGAAGCUGCUAUAAAAGACAAAAUCAACAACCCCCCAAGAGAAAAAGACGUCCAGGAGGUUUCCAAUCGAUUCAAAAAAUUUGUCCAACUCAAAGAGCAAACCAGAAAUCACGCUUCAAACAAGCAACGAACUCCCCAUCAACAUCAGCAACCGAAGCAGCGCCGGGAGCCGAAACGAAGCCAACUCCAGGUCGGAGACAGCGUCGUCCGGCAACUUCCGAAAGAACCGGAAGAAGCAUUUUUGGCUCGUGCCAGCAAACUGCAACAGGAUCGGGUGACGGAGGCUAAAUUUUCCUCCAAGUUCAAUGUGGACAUCGAACGGGACGAGUCAACGGGAGCCGUUCGGCUGAAGAAACGGAAAACCCACGAAAUCGACGAACUGUUGAAAAAGAAAGCCGAAGAAGCGAAGGGAUUCAAAAAGAAGAAGAAGGCGAAGGAGGAAAACAAGAAGUUAACUCUAGCUGAGAAGAAGGCACUGAAGAAGCAGAAGAUCGAAGAGAAGAAACGUAAAGAGGAGGACAAACUGCUGGAAGAGUACCAGAUGGAUAACGUGGCGUUUGGGGAGGUGGUUGAUGGGCCGCCAACCCUGAACACGAAACCGAGACGUGCGGAAAAGCUGGAAGGGGCACCAAGGCCUGGUCAAAAACGAUUGUUGCUGCACUCUUUGUUGGAUCCAUCGAAGGACGAAGAUGACGAUCAAGAUGCCGAGCCGCAGAAAAAGAAAUCAAAGAAAAAGUCACAAGCACAGCAGCAGCAGCAAAAGUUGGACCUCAAAGGGAAGCGUAAGAAUUUGCCGGUUUGCACUAGAAUGAAGCUGGAACGAGAGCAGCAAAGUGUAAUCGAGCUUUAUCGGCAGAUGAAGAAGUCCAAGAACCAGGGGGCUUGAGAUGUAAAUAUGGUUGAUAAGCU